CCAUGCGCUCACCAGCUGUCCAAUGAGAAUCGGCGAUCCUGGAGCGCGUGUGUGUUGCUCGUGGGGGUUGAAGCGAAGACGCGUGAGCGAGGCGACCAGCUUGAAUUCCGCUCAGCUAUAGAGGGAGGAGCUGCCACUUGGAAAUGGAAGCCAAUAAAGGUAAAGGGGAACAAGGGAUGCAAAUUCCUGGUGGACAGAUGGACAGACCUGUCAGCUUCCACUUCAUGGAAAGCAUGCUUCCCAAAGUAGUGAAGAGGCGAGUGCAUGCCUUGAAAAGGCUACAAGUGCAGUGUGCUCACAUAGAGGCUAAAUUCUACGAGGAAGUCCAUGAGCUAGAGAGGAAGUAUGCUGCCCUCUAUCAGCCAAUGUUUGAAAAGAGACGAGAUGUUGUCACAGGAACAGUGGAGCCCACAGAUGCAGAGUGCGAGUGGCACAGUGACAGAGAAGAAGAGGAGGAGCUAGCGGAGCAGGUAAAAGAAAAAGCUUCUAUUGAGGAUGCAAAGAAAGAGGAAGCCAAGCCAGAGGAAGACCCAAAAGGCAUCCCUGAGUUCUGGCUCACCAUAUUCAAGAGUGUGGACAUGCUCAGUGACAUGCUGCAGGAACAUGAUGAGGCCAUCCUAAAGCACUUGAAAGAUAUUCAAGUCAAGUUUUCUGAGCCAGGACAGCCAAUGAGUUUCACAUUAGAGUUCCACUUUGAGCCCAAUGGCUACUUCAACAAUGCCGUGCUCACUAAAGUCUACAAGAUGAAGUCGGAGCCUGACGCAACAGAGCCGUUCUCAUUCGAGGGGCCCGAGAUCAUUGACUGUGAAGGCUGUCAGAUAGACUGGCACAAGGGGAAGGAUGUGACUGUGAAAACUAUUAAGAAGAAGCAGAAGCAUAAAGGCCGCGGCACGGUUCGCACCGUUACCAAACAGGUCCCCAACGACUCUUUCUUCAACUUCUUUAACCCUAUCAAAGCUUCACCAGAAGGAGAAAUGGACGAAGACUCUGAGUUCACCCUAGCCACAGACUUUGAGAUUGGUCAUUUCUUCCGUGAGAGAAUAGUUCCCAGAGCAGUGCUGUAUUUCACCGGAGAGGCCCUGGAAGAUGAUGAGAGCUUUGAAGAGGAGGAGAUGGAGGAGGGAGAUGAAGAGGAGCAAGAUGACGAGGGUGAUGAUGACGACGAUGAUGAGGGAGACACCAAUAAAGAACAGCCCCAGCCUGCCGAAUGCAAACAGCAGUAACCGUGGUGACCUGGUGGAGACCUUCUCUUCGUCAAAUCAGUUCUUAGCCAAUCAACGAGUCCUCCUACGCCAUUUUAUGAACUCAUGAACGCAAUAGAACACAAACCAAACUGCGUUUUUUUACUAUGUGCAUGACUUAUUUUCUUUCGUCUUGCGCCCAUCUAACACUUUUAUUUGGCUUCAUUCAAAACUCACAGCGGGAAGUGAUUUGACUCUAAUAAACUACCAUGUCAUCACACAGGGGCAGUCUUCUUCUUUGGUAAGGUGGAGUAGGUUGCUACUGCCAACAACCUCAGAACAUCAUCAUAUUGAAAAAAGCAUAGGAAAGAAAUGGAUCCCAACUUUAGUUUUCAUGGAAAUAAAUCAGUUACUCAGGGUUUUUUAUGCUAGUUACAGGAAAGUGUUGAACAAGUCUGACUUAAUCUUUCACUGGGGUUGCUGAAGUGUUUUUCUUUUGUUAUGGUAUUUCAAGAUGCAUACAAUGUAUCAUUUUGAAUUUACUUUUGAAAAUGUUCAUUGUCAUUUCAUUGGACUAUUUAUUCUGGUGUAAUGCAGCUGAGGGGUCGCAUUUCAGGAACUCUGCUGCAGUUAAAGGCUUAUUCUCAUUGGCUCAAAUCUUAUUUGGGCUCAGCAGUUUAACAAAACGUGGAAACUGCCAAGUCAUGUUUUUUAUUAUUGAAAUUAGUUUAAAACUUAAGAAUUGUGUCCUCCAUUAAUACUGCUCUCACUUCUGCCCAGCUCUAUUGGGCUUAACAAGCAUUUAAACUGAGCACUUGAUUGGACACGUAACACUAACUAACAUCAUGUGACAGGCAUGUGGUUAUACCUCAAAACUGUAAUACAUAUAUAUAGCUCUUCUCUGUUUGCCCUUGGUUGUUCAUGAACCCACGUCAACAAGGAUGAUAAAAACAAUUAAAAAAUACAAGCUUUUGAAAAGUUGGAAUGUCUCUGCAUAGAGAAAUGCUCCCGUCUGGGCUCUGCAUUUCACUGCAGGAUAUCUCACUUAAUCAGACAAAGGGACUGAUCCACAACCUUUUUUGGGUUGCAUCAGUCUCGUAUGCAUAUUGUUCUAAACAAAAGUUUAAAGUCAGUGAUGUGACGGGGUAGAGGAUGUUUGGAUCAAAUGAAAAUUCUGUUGCCAAGAAGCCAAAAGAAAGACAAAACCCACCGUCCUUUUUUAUUCAACUGUUUGCCAAUUGUCAUUAACAGUGUAAUCUAAUUUUAAAGUUGUUAAAGAAUAUAUAAAUGGAAAACAAAUGGAAGAGAUUGCCAAUGUAUUUUAUAUAAUGCACGCAUUUCGGCAGUUUGGAUGGACACUUUCGCCCGGUGUCAGCUCAGCGAAGGCAGUGCAGCGGAAAAAAACCUCUUUUUAAAAAGAACGAUUGUAGGUCUUCUUGGGAAGAUCUUUCAGAGCCACGGUUUUCAUCUUCAAAUUAACCACAUUGGGCCGUGUGCUAGCAAUGGCCUUAACUGGUUCUUAAUCACAAUAUGUUACUUGCGAAAUAUUUCUUUUCAAUUUGUACAGUUAAUUAAAAAUAUUCUAUUAAAGUUGUGCAACAUGGAAA